UCUUUCGUGUUUCUUAUCUUGGCAUAGGAAAGUGCAUCCGUGAUCAUUCAUCGUCACUGAAAAACCUGGAAACCAUACUAGACAUUCCGUGAUGGCGUUGAAGUUCCCAAAAGUUCUCCUUUUCUUCUUCUUCUUCUUCUUCUUCUUCUCCACAAUCGCGGCAGGAAGCUAUGAAGAUCCUACGAGGAGGACCAUGGAGGAGUUCUCAGGAUAUCCAUUUCAUUCAUCGCAUCCCAUCUUUUCUCUUUCACCAGUCAACCUGGAGAGCCUUCAGAAGCAGUUUGAUGAGUUGGCGAACUUUUCAGAUACCCCAGCUCCAUCAGUGACUCGGAUUUUGUUCACUGAGAACGAUGUAUUGGCUCGAGGGUAUAUUAAAGAACUGAUGGGUAAAGCUAGUCUUUCUGUUCGGGAAGAUGCUGUUGGUAACAUAUUUGGGCGGUGGACUGGUUCUGAUCCAGAGCUUGGGGCAGUUGCAACUGGUUCUCACAUUGAUGCCAUUCCUUAUUCAGGAAAAUAUGAUGGGGUUGUUGGUGUCUUGGGUGCUAUUGAAGCAAUAAAUGUGCUGAAAAGAUCUGGCUUCCAGCCUAAGAGAUCAUUGGAGGUGAUCUUGUUUACAUCUGAGGAACCCACUCGUUUUGGAAUCAGUUGUUUGGGGAGUCGCUUAUUAGCAGGGAGUGAGGCACUGGUUAAUGGCAUUAAAGAAUCAGUUGAUGGUCAAAAUACAUCAUUUUUUGAUGCCGCAAAGUCUGCAGGCUAUGUAGUUUCUGAAGAAAAUUUGUCUACUGUCAUUUUGGAGAAAGGCAGCUAUUUUGCUUUUCUUGAAUUGCAUAUAGAGCAAGGUCCACUUUUGGAAGAAGAAGGUGUUUCCAUUGGUAUUGUAACUGCUAUUGCUGCUCCCGCAAGUAUAAAGGUGGAGUUUGAGGGAAAUGGAGGCCAUGCUGGAGCAGUCCUUAUGCCAGAAAGAAAUGAUGCUGGAUUGGCAGCUGCGGAGCUAGCACUGGCUGUUGAAAAGCAUGUUUUAGAAACUGGGUCUAUGGAUUCUGUCGGUACUGUAGGCAUCAUUGUGCUGCAUCCUGGAGCAAUUAAUAGCAUCCCCAGCAAGUCUCAUAUUGAAAUUGACACACGAGACAUUGAUGAAAAGAGAAGGGAUGGAAUAGUUGAAAAAAUUCAUCAAUCUUCAAUUGACAUAGCCAAAAGACGUGGAGUUAAGCUAUCAGAGUUUAGAAUUGUUAAUCAAGAUCCACCAGCCAAGUGUGACCACUCAAUAAUCAAUGCCAUGGAAGUUGCUGUGCGGCGGUUGAAUCUUAGCCACAAGAUGAUGAUUAGUAGAGCCUACCAUGAUUCCCUCUUCAUGGCCAGAGUCUCACCUAUGGGCAUGAUCUUCAUACCGUGCUACAAAGGUUAUAGCCACAAGCCUGAAGAGUAUGCCUCCAUUGAAGAUAUUGCAAAUGGAGUCAAUGUUCUUGCACUAACUCUAGCGCAAUUAUCUCUGGAGUGAGCAUUAGAUGGAAACCCUGCAGAACAAGUAGCCUUAGCUGAAUGGUGUUGUGCAAUGUCGAAUUCAUAUGUUUGAAUGAUCUUUUUUUCUAAUUAUAAAAAUAAAAAAAAUGGAAAAAAGAAUCUGCAGUGCGUUAUCUAUAUUGGAGGUUUGCAUGAUUCAGAAAAACUAUUUUUCUCGGCUCA